AUGAUAAAAUAAAAAAAAUUUUAAUUACCUGUCCAAAAAGAAGCUGAUAAUAUAUGGAAAUACAUAUUUUUAAUCAUAUUUUUUUUAGUUUUUAUAGUAGGAAUAAUUCAAGUAAUAUACGGGAAUUCUGACAAAAUAUCUUAACCAUAUGAUCCUGAUAAUAGAUAAUGUGGAAUAGAUGAUUUAAAGGAAUAUCCUUAUAUAUAUUUUGCAACUCCAGAUUCUAAUUAUUUAUACAGAACAGUAUGUGUAAAGGAAUGUCCGUAAAUAAUUGAUUAACCAGAAUUAGAUAGUAAAUUAGAUUGUGCAGUCAAUUCAGUAGUAAAAUAAUGCAAAUUACAUUUAGGAUCGGAAAGAGGUAAAGAAGAUUAAGUAUUAAUAUAUGAUAGUAGAAUAUAUUUUGAUAGAGUUUGUUUACCGAAAAAUACAAAUUAUUAUUAUUUAAUUAAAAAUGCGUUCAAAAUUAGCACAUUUGAACUUUUUCUUAAUGAUGUUAAAUAAAUGAAAGGUUUCAUUUUAAUAUUUUGUUGUAUUGCGUUUAUUUUUAGGUAUAUUUUUUUAUUUAAUUUUUAUUUUUAAAUAUUUUUAUUUUUGUAAGUUUUAGUUCAAAAUUAUUUUUAAAAUAUAAAACUAAUUAUACAUUUUUUUUAUUUUUUGGAAUUUCCUCUUUAGGUUUUCUAAUCUUAGGUGUACUUUUUUUUAAUAAAUAUAAUUAUCUAUCUAAUAAGUAAUUUUUUUUUUUAGUAAUUAAUUAUAUAUUUUAUUUUAUUUUUAUUUAAAAAGGGAGUUCCGUUAAUUAUAGAUAAUUUUUAAUUCCUUUAAUUUGUUCCUAUUAUUAGUUUCAGUUUUUCUUUAAUAUUUUUUGUUUUGUUUUUUUAUACUUAAUUGAAUAUUUUUUCAAAUGGAAAUGUCGAAAUAGGCAGGGAGUAUUUACCUUUCGACCGUUUUUCUUUUAGUUUUAUGUAGUUUAUGUCAUGUAUUGUAGUUCUUUUUGGAUUUAUUUGGUGUUUGGCUUUUUUUAUUGCUGUUGCUGAAUAUAUAGCUAUUUAGGCUACUCUUUUAGUUAUUUUUGAUUAUUAAAAGACUUCAGGAUAUUUAAAUAUUAUUAGUAUCCUAAAAGAUAUUUUUAGAUAUAGACUAGGAACAAUUUUAAAAGGAUCAUUACUCGUAUUUUUAUUUGAUUGGUUGAGAGUAUCUUUAGAAUUAAUAGAUGUAUAUAUAAUCAUAUUAUAUAUUUAUUUUUUUUAACAAAAAAAAAGAAUAAUUAUUAAGAAUUUCUUGAAAAUUCGAAAUUAAAACAAGAAAAUAUUUUUAGAAAAAUUUAAAUGA